AUGAUGCACCAAGCGGUUUUUCCAUUAAUUGUUGGUCGUCCACGUCAUCAGCGUGUAAUGGUUGGAAUGGGUCAAAAAGACUCAUACGUCAGUGAUAAAGCGCAGUCGAAACGUGGUAUUCUAACGUUGAAAUAUCCAAUUGAACACGGAAUUGUUACUAACUGGGAUGAUAUGGAAAAAAUUUGGCAUCACACUUUUUAUAAUGAAUUACGUGUGGCACCUGAAGAACAUCCCGUUCUGUUAACAGAAGCACCGUUGAAUCCGAAAGCAAAUUGUGAAAAAAUGACACAAAUUAUGUUUGAAACAUUCAGUACACCUGCCAUGUACGUUGCCACUCAAGCUGUUUUAUCUUUGUAUGCAAGUGGUCGAACAACCGGUAUUGUGAUGGAUAGUGGUGACGGUGUGACACAUACAGUUCCAAUUUACGAAAGUUAUGCAUUGCCACAUGCCAUUCUUCGCCUGGAAUUGGCUGGUCGUGAUUUGACCGAUUAUUUGAUGAAAAUCUUAACUGAACGUGGCUAUUCAUUUGUAACAACAGCUGAGCGGGAAAUUGUACGUGAUAUCAAAGGAAAAUUGUGCUAUGUUGCAUUAGAUUUUGACCAAGAAAUGGGUACUGCAGCAUCGUCAUCUUCGUUAGAAAAGUCCUAUGAAUUAUCAGGCGGACAAGUAAUUACAAUCGGAAAUGAACGAUUUCGUUGUUCAGAAGCCGUGUUUCAACCAUCAUUUUUAGGCAUGGAAACAGCUGGUACAACAAUGUAUCCAGGCAUCGCUGAUCGAAUGCAAAAAGAAAUAACAUCCUUGGCACCAUCAGCAAUGAAAAUAAAAAUCAUCGCACCACCCGAACGAAAAUAUUCUGUAUGGAUUGGUGGAAGUAUCUUAGCAUCAUUAUCAACAUUUCAGCAAAUGUGGAUUUCAAAACAAGAAUAUGAUGAAAGUGGACCGACUGUGAAUGUAGCCACGACUCUACUCUAUCUACAAUAUGAAUUUCGUGAGUUGGGAGUUAGUAGUCAGUUAAAUACAGUUAUUUUACGGGCAAGGUUCGCGGUUUUUUGUUGA